AUGAUCAAAUCCUGGGACCCACCAAAGCAGCAGACCGUACUUAUCCCCCUCUCACUGCUUGCCUGCAAGGCCGUAUUUGGAGAAAAGGAAUGGUAUUUCUUCAGCCCAAGAGACCGGAAGUAUCCAAACGGGUCUCGCCCAAACCGGGUCGCCGGGUCUGGGUACUGGAAGGCCACCGGAACUGAUAAGGUAAUAACUACUGAGGGACGAAGGGUCGGCAUAAAAAAAGCUCUGGUUUUCUAUGUCGGAAAAGCUCCGAAAGGAACCAAAACGAAUUGGAUUAUGCACGAAUACAGACUUUCGGAGCCUCCUCGAAAGAACGGAAGUGCAAAGUUGGAUGAUUGGGUUCUGUGCCGAAUCUACAAGAAGAACUCGAGUGGUCAAAAACCCAAUUUGGGAAUUCCGAGCAAAGAACACAGCCACGGCUCUUCGACAUCGUCGUCAUCACAAUUCGAUGACAUGUUGGAAUCUUUGCCGGAGAUAAACGACCGGUUCUUUAGUUUACCGCGAAUGAACUCUCUGAAGACCAUGCAACAAGAGAAGCUGAACAUUCAAAGCCUGACUUCUGGGAACUUCGACUGGGCGAGCCUCGCCGGAGCAGCCGCCUCUUUGCCAGAGCAGGUCGCCGCCGUGCAAGCUCCAGCUCCAGCUCAAGCUCAGGAGCGGUUGAACAAUAACAUGAACUCGUAUAAUGACAUGCGUCUCCCUUCGAUCCCACCGCUCUGCCACGUGGACUCACCUUGCUCCGAAGAGGUUCAAAGCGGGUUGAGAAGUCAUCGGGUCGAGAGCGCGGGGUUCUUACCCCACAACUGUAACGGGUUUGGCAAAAGUUUCGGGAACCAGAUUGAUCCGUUCGGCGUUAGGUGCCACCCCAACACGGAGGAUUUAGCUUUAGCUUUAGACAAUAAAUUGACAACAAAGGAGAAAAGCGAUGAAGUAGAUUGA